AUGGGUAACCAGGGAUCACUUCAGCCUGGAGAUAGUUCUGUCAACCCAGAAAAAGUAUCACUAAAUUUAGACUCUGCAAUCCAAAAUGAAAUUAUAGAUAACAUGCUUGAUAUUGACAUAAGUAUUUCAGAGGUUAUUGAUCAACUAUCACACGUACCAUCAAAUAAGCAGCGACCGUCAAAUGAACCAGGACCGUCAAAUACAAAGCCUACAGAAAAUUUUAAUGUAGAAACAAUAAGACCGUUUCCAAAAGCACCUCCUCGUGUCGAAUCCAAACGGAAGCGUUCAAGGAAAUCGACGAUUCUCACUGAUACCCUGAAAAAUUGGCCUUAG